CACUGUCCCACAUCACCUAUUUUGAAGUCAACAGAGCAAACUGUCAAUUGUGUUUCCAAAAACUUCACUCCCUUUCAAAUUCUAGUCAGUGAACGUCAAAGCCACCCUCAAUCAUGAAAAGCAUUUCUAUUCAGGCAAUGCGACUCUUACACAUUUUCCUCUUGAAUACCAUCCUGCUGGGAUUAAUGGGCAAAGUGACCUGCUUCCUCACAUCUGAAGAUAUUCUACAAUGUGAUAAUGUCAAAUGGCAUUGUAUUUCAGAAGGGAGAAAAAUGGCCACAGAGGCAUUGCAGAAUGGUGAGAAGAUGUCUGAUUUACAAGAAAUUGGUCAGAAGAUAACCGGGAAGUGUUCUCCAAUCUUCAAAUCUCAAGGGGUUCUUCAUCAAGAUCCAUCAUUAGGAAAUCCAGGAAAUCCAACUGUUCCAGGAAGCAUGUAG